AUGACGGGGGAUGAGCGUCAGCAGCGUCAGCUGGAGCUGGGCAUCGAUACCACCGGCCGUGGCGGUGUUGCCCUGCGCUUGAGGUUUGAACAGAUGCAAAGCUCCGUGGAACUGCGGUUGACGUCACUGGCAGCUGAUAUGGCGGAUGUGUGCACUCGGCAGCAUGCCAUGGAACGCGGCCUCAAGAAUGAGGUACGUGAGCCGCUUCAG